CAAAUCAUCAAGGCCGAGGAAGACUCCGUCAAAGCGGCGGGACAGUGAGGUCUGUUGUUUCAGUUAUGGAAGAAAGAAGUUAGAGCCCUUUGUUUCUGUUCCAGGUGUCUGUUGUGGUAAUAAAUUCAAAACGCAGAGUCACGAGAAAAGCGGAAUAACACCAAAGUAUUUGUGGAAUAUGGAUGAAAUGCAGCAGUCGAAGCAAAGUGACGUAAAGGGCACAACUAAGAAAAGAGAAGACUACCUUGAAUGGCCAGAGUACUUUAUGGCUGUUGCCUUUCUGUCGGCUCAGAGAAGCAAAGACCCAAGUUCACAGGUCGGUGCGUGUAUAGUGAACCAGGAGAAUAAAAUCGUGGGUAUUGGCUACAACGGCAUGCCCAACGGCUGUGAUGACAAUCUGCUGCCGUGGUCCCGGUCAGCUGACGAUCGACUUGACACCAAAUACCCUUAUGUGUGCCACGCAGAGCUGAACGCCAUCAUGAACAAGAACAGUGCAGAUGUGAAAGGCUGCAUCAUGUAUGUGGCCCUGUUUCCCUGCAACGAAUGCGCCAAGCUCAUCAUCCAGGCAGGUAUUAAGGAAGUAGUUUAUCUUUCUGACAAGUACCAUAACUCACCAGAGAUGACAGCUUCCAGACGACUUCUCGACAUGGCCGGAAUACAGUGCAGACAAUUCAAUCCCAAGAGGACUGAGAUUGUCAUUGAUUUUAAUUCCAUUAACCACUGUGGAAAACCGAUCAAGUAAAAAUGGAGAAGCUCAUCAUGGACCUGCUAAAUGGGGGAUGCUUAAUUCAGGGGGUAUAUCAAGUAAAGUUUGUUUCAACAUGUUUCUUAUUUAAAAAACAUGUUUCUUACUUACAUGCAAUAGCUUUAUAAAUGACCUGUGCCAAUAUGGUCUCCCUCAGAAGAUCUCUCCCAGCUGGAAAUUGGGAGGAUAAAUCCUGUGUUACUCACCUUUCUGUGACAACUGCUGCCCAGUUAAGAAUUUUCCUUCCUUGUUUCAACCAGGCCAAGUCUGAAUCAGGUACCAUUCAAGGAUUGUAAGAAAAUGUUACCUUGAGAGUCAAACAGUAAAAGAAUAUAGCAAACAAAAAAACUUCUAUAGUUUAAAGAAUUUUAAUUGUUUACUGUAGAAACACUGUACAUAAAUUAUUUUCUCUGAGACUAAUAUUGAUGUACAGACAAGUGGAAUUUCUCAGCGUUGAAAAUAAAGCAGAUCAGGCAGUCAGCUUGUCUCUGACUGGUAGCUAAAGAUGA